UCUCCCCCCGUGUGCGCCUGCGCGGCGGUUGCCGCGGUGACGGGGCGGCGGCUGUGGGAGCGCGGGCCCCGCCGGGGAUGGCGGCCGCGGCCCCCCCGGCCCGACACCAUGCUGCUGGGCCGGCAGGCGGAGGCGGCCCUGGGCGCGGCCAGGUUUGGUGAUGGGUUAUAUGACUCCUACAUGAGGAUAGAUCAGCUUAGGUAUCAAGAGUCUACAAAUGAAGAACGCAGCCCCUCAGGACUUCCGUCCCUUGGAAGAUCUAAUGUUUCUAGCAACAAACUCGCCAUGAAGGAUCACCCCUCGACUGGAAGUCAGGUCAAAGUGGAGCAAUUAUUUGAGGAUUCUGGCAACAGAAGGAGCAGCACUCUUCAGUCUGCAGGGAUUACUAGUUCAGAAAGAUCUCUUCCUUCCCUGACAAGAGAUAAAAGCAUAGAGACCCUCAGCACUUCUAAAGGCGGUGGUAGCUCCUCAAAAGUACAUAAAGCCAUUUCCCAAGCUCCAGAGCAAGCUGUCAAACAGUACAAACAUCAUUUGUCUGCGUAUGAGCAGCAAGAGAUCUUUAAUUUUUCUGAAAUUUACUUUGUGGGUCCAGGUGCAAAGAAGAGACAAGGAGUAAUUGGUGGUCCCAACAACGGAGGGUACGAUGAUGACCAAGGCAGUUACAUUCACGUGCCGCAUGACCAUCUUGCUUACCGGUAUGAAGUGCUCAAAAUCAUUGGCAAGGGCAGUUUUGGACAAGUUGCUAAAGUCUAUGAUCACAAACUCCACCAACACUUAGCCUUAAAGAUGGUUCGCAAUGAAAAGAGAUUCCAUCGCCAAGCAGCUGAAGAAAUCCGGAUUCUGGAGCAUCUGAAGAAGCAGGAUAAAACGGGCAGUAUGAAUGUUAUUCACAUGCUGGAAAGCUUCACCUUUCGGAACCACAUCUGUAUGACUUUUGAACUCUUGAGUAUGAACCUGUAUGAGCUGAUCAAAAGAAAUAAGUUUCAGGGCUUCAGUAUCCAGCUGGUACGCAAGUUUGCUCACUCUAUACUGCAAUGUCUGGAUGCCCUGUAUAGAAACAAGAUCAUCCACUGUGAUUUGAAGCCAGAAAAUAUCCUCCUAAAACAGCAAGGGAGGAGUGGAAUCAAGGUUAUUGACUUUGGGUCCAGCUGUUUUGAGCACCAAAGAGUCUACACGUAUAUUCAGUCCCGAUUUUAUCGGGCACCAGAGGUAAUUCUGGGAAGUCGCUAUGGGAUGCCCAUAGACAUGUGGAGUUUUGGCUGUAUUCUGGUGGAGCUAUUGACUGGAUAUCCUCUCUUUCCUGGAGAGGAUGAGGGAGACCAAUUGGCUUGUAUGAUGGAACUUCUUGGAAUGCCACCUCAGAAGCUUUUGGAUCAAUCCAAGCGAGCCAAGAACUUCAUCAACUCUAAGGGUCAUCCUCGCUACUGCACUGUAACUACGCAUGCAGAUGGAAGAGUGACCCUCAAUGGGAGUCGAUCACGCCGGGGUAAAAUCCGAGGUGCUCCAGGGAACAAAGACUGGGUGACAGCGCUGAAAGGCUGUGAUGAUCACUUGUUUAUAGAGUUCUUAAGAGAAUGUCUCAGCUGGGAUCCUUCCACACGCAUGACUCCGAGUCAGGCUUUAAGGCACCCUUGGAUUUGUAAACGAACACCCAAACCUCCCAGCACUGAUAAAGCCUCCAAUAAACGGAUAUCCAGCUACACAACUUCUUUCACGGGAAUAGGUUCCAAGUUGCCUCCUGUAGUUGGAGUAACGAGUAGGCUGAGGGCGAAUUUAACAUCUGACUCCAAUGGCAGUAUACCUCUAUGUACUGUGCUACCCAAACUCGUCAGUUAAUAGAGAACAUUGUAUGGCCCGAAGACAUACUGUGUAUUUUAAUUGUUUGUUAAUAAUGUGUAAGGAAGUUAAAUACAGAGGUUUUUAAUGGAUUUACUUUUUAUUAGAGGCGAAAUCUUGACUAUACAAGGUUCGGUCUAGAUGUUCACAUUCAAAGGGCUAACUUUUGUCCAGCUGUUUCACUCACAGUGUGGUGCGUAUGACGUUACGGGGGAGGUCAGCUCAGCUUUUGAGUCAAACAACAGCUUGACAGGUGUGCUUUUUGAUAAUGCUGGUUUAGAAAUCAAGCCAUUCAUUGUCAGGCCAGUUUAACGGAUUCUUUUGUUUAAGACAGCAAGGGAAAUUGUUUUAAAAUACAUAUUUUCAGUUAAUUCCCAACUGAACUCUUUUUAUCUAUUGUAAAAAGCACAAAAGUGUUGAUGUAAUGUGUUAGGAACUUGCAAAUUGCUAGCUUAGGUUUGAAGGAUUUGAUUUUCUGUGCCGCUUUUCUCUUUUCUAUCCUGGCUGAAAUUUGUAAAAAUACCAUGGGAUGUAGACACCAAAGAAAUUUGGAGUUGAAAUUUUGCCAUCUGCUUUUCUUCCCCCCCCCC